CAUAAUCACUUUUUUCUCGCAUCGACAGUGGAGAUGGUCGGCUACAUAUUUCGGCGCGGCGCGUGCCAGAAAUAGACAUCUGUAUCCCUUGUGUCGAGCACGACGCAGGGGGUGCAACGACAUUUAAAACAUUCUGCAUCGGCACAAGAGAAAACACCCUCAGUUCGUUUCAAAGUGCUCGUGGAUGUGGUUCUCUCGAAGAGACGUUCUCUUCCUUCUCGUUUAAUAUAUUUAUCGAUUAAGCGACAAUCUCGACAGGUUGAAGCGUGUAAUGGAUCAUCGAGUCGAUUCAUCCUCUGCCUUGUAACGAUGCGAAUUAAUCGCCGUUUAACCAAUUAGGGUGAAUCAAGAGUCUGGGUGUACACGAGACGGUUUUAAUGAUUCUAUCAAUCGUGGCAUCCUACGUACGUUUUGGCAACGAAUAGCACGUGGAAACAAAGAUCGUUGAGUUGUCGAGUCGACGAACGAUAUCAUGGUUAAAAACGGAACUGGCCCCGUGAUCCGGAUGUCCUCUACAGGCACGCAUGCCGCUGGAGGUGUCGAAUGUUGCUUUUGCAGAUGUUGCACGUGUAUACAUCUGGAAUUUUUAAAAACAUUGCCUGGUGUCCUAAAACUCUGCGAAACGAUUAUUAGCGGUUUAAUACAGAGUUUGUUAAUUAAUUACGGUCUGAGGUACAGUACGACGAUUGGCUCGGCUUUCGAAGGAUCUUUGACCACUUCUUCCGCUUGUUUCUUAACAUCAGCUGUAUUACUUGCCUGUUAUAUCAUAUCCGAAAAAUCGUACAGGUUAAUCAAAUCAUCGCUGUUUGAGCUGAUGUUCAACUCUUUAGCUUCUUUUCUUUAUUUAAGCUCGGCUUCUUAUUUGGCAUUUUCUACCAAGAUAUUCCUUCUUCCAGAAUAUUAUAUAAGGCCAGGAUUCGAUGUUUAUCCUGCAAUGACAGCUGCUUACAUUAUGAGUGGCUUUGUUGGAAUACUGCAUGGGGCAGACGCAUAUUUCUCUUACACCCAUUACAGGACCGGAAGAUGAAUUUCAGGGGGAACGAAGUACGUAUAAAAAUGUCACACGAUUCGUCAUCGAAUCAAGGCUCAAAUACAAUAUAUAAAGUGAGUAAAAUAAUACCAAUCGUAUAUCCUUCGAAUUAUAUUCGAAAUUUUUUUAA